AUGGCACCAUGGGUGCGUUUCGCUGGUGCCAUUUUGGUGGAGGCACUGGGAGAUCGCUUGCAUGACCUGGCUCAGGUAGGCCUGAAUUUUGGCCAUACCUACCAGCUGGUGAAGAAUUGUGGCGAUGAAAAUCCUUUGUUGGAGUUGCUGCAAGAACCAGAGAGGUUGCCGGCCGGGACCCUUCGGAGGCUGCUGCGAGAAGCUGCGCGACCUAGUGUCCUCUUCCUGUCAGAUCUCCUGAAGGAGCUUCAGGGUCACAACAUGGCCCUUUUUGACCUGGCCACAGGUUAUAGCCAUCGAUGCUUUGUGGAAGCAGAGUGCCAAGCCCAUGCUGCAUUGGGCCAAAGAUUGGCAGAGCUGGAAGGCAAGUACCUGGCAGCAACAGCACGGCUGAUGCUUCGUGGCAAUGAGCUCACUGGCCUAGUUCCUUGGCCUCACGGCUUGCGCAGUCCCAGUGCGGUGGUGGCACGCUUCGGCUUCGAUGCAGCGCAUUUGGACUUCGCACAGAAUGUGCACUCCGCCCUGGAGUCGUCCGGCUUUGAGGAACCUCUGGGUGCCGCCAGUGCCUUGCACGAUUUAGCCUUGCGCCGCGCCACCGCCUUGUGCCGUCUCCAAGCCGAGCUUUUGGCUUUUGCCUCACUGGAUUUGCUGGGCUCGCAGCUGCAAGAGAGGCUACGCUCCCCGGCGACGUUCCCGCGCUUUGAGUUUCAUCCUGCCUGCUGUCGGCGCUACCAUGUGUUGGCCGAGCUUCUGGAAACACAGCUGGGAGCGGGAGCGUCUUUGGUGCCCGCGAGGCCCUUGCGGCUCUUGGAGGUCGGAGUGAACAAUGCCAUUACGUCAGAAUAUUUGCUCAAAAAAUUCAAGAAUCUGGAAUUUGAUGGAGUUGACCCUUUCAUCAAUGCAGAAGAAAUUCUCGCUGAAGCUUCCCAACGAAUCCGGCCGCAUGCACCACGUGCAAGGCUCUGGCGCCUCACCUCAGAGUCAGCAGCAGAGAAGUUCGAUCCGUCGACUUUUGAUCUCAUCUUCAUUGAUGGUGAUCACAGCUAUUCGGCGGUGAAAAAGGACUUGCAGCUUUGGCGUUCCAAGCUUCGUCCUGGUGGACUCCUGGCAGGCCACGAUCUUUUCAACCUUGCCUUCGAAGGAGUCAUCGAGGAUAAGAUGAGAUCACCAGCAGAAGCCCUGGUGUUGCUGCAGUCCAAGGGUCAAGCAGUCGCUGCAUCUCAAUGGUUCGAGCUACCUACCUCUACCAGCGGCGUGGAAGGUUUUUGCGAUGUUGAACAGAAUGCCACCAGCUGGGAGCUUUGUCGGAGCAUUUCUGCUGCCACAGACUGUGCUUCCAAGACAGGCUGCGUUUGGUCCUCCGGCGAUCCCUUUCCCGGAUUUUGUGGUGUGCGCGAUGAUCCCGCUUCAGAGAUGCAAUGCAAGAAGUCGACUCAGCCCACAGACUGUGUGUCUUCUUCCUGUCAAUGGUACCGAUUUCCCAUGGGCCCAGGUCCUGUGCGAUGGACCCGCGCUGGUAGAGGACUUGGUCACCAGAAACUCCAAAGAGACCAUUCACUUCAGCACGGAUUUCGUGUGGUGGAUCCAGGUUUGAGCUGCAAAAGCUGCUGCAGAGCGCCAUGGCGCACACGUCGACAAGCUCAAUCCAUCCAUCAUGGGACAUGA